AUGAAGAAGAAGAAGGAAGUGGAAGACAUUUUAAAAGAGAUUUAUUACGAUCCCAAGAGAGGGUAUGGAAGCAUACAGACUUUGUAUCGUCAGGUCAAAAGUCUGGGGCAUAAGAUUUCCUUAAACACCAUACGAGAAUGGUUAAAAGAGCAAGAUACCUAUACCUUACAUAAACCCAUUCAUAGAAAAUUCCGGAGACAACAGACCAGAGUGACGGAUAUAGAUGAACAAUGGCAAUUAGAUUUAGCCGAUGUGUCCAGUUUAAAGAAACACGAUGACGGCUAUACGUUUUUAUUGUGUGCCAUUGACGUCUUAUCUAAAUAUGCUUGGGUGGUGCCUUUAAAACAGAAAACGGGAAAAGAUAUGAUUCGAGGAUUACAAGAGAUUUUCCGACAAGACGGUCGACGCCCCGUCCGCAUUCAAUCGGAUCAAGGCAAAGAAUUUACCAAUCGAGAAUUCUUACAGGCUUUUAAAUCCAUUCAUUUCUUUACCACUCGCAAUACGGACACCAAAGCCAGUAUCGUGGAACGAUUUCAGAGAACCCUCAAAGCACGCAUGUGGCGGUAUUUCACUCGGGAUAAAACAAGACGGCAUUUAGAGGUCUUACCGGAUUUAGUACAUCACUUAAAAAACCCAAGUUUAAAACAGGAGAUAAGGUCCGCAUCAGUAAAGCCAAACGCACUUUUGAAAAAGGAUAUUUACCGAACUGGACCACGGAAAAUAUUUACCAUUGCUCAAGGAGUCCCGGGUCGGUAUCCUUACGUGUAUCGAGUACAGGAUUACAACAAGGAGGAAAUAGAAGGGACUUUUUACGAGAAAGAAUUACAACAGAUCAUUAAAAAAGACGACGUGUACGAAGUGGAGGAAAUCUUGGGGUAUAAAAAGCGACGAGUCGGGAAGAAAAUCAUUCAAGAAGUCAAAGUCAGGUGGAAAGGAUAUCCCCCUAGUUUCGAUUCAUGGAUUCCUCAAACGGAUCUCAUCCAGUAA